AUGGCCAGUUCUAUCAUGCCCGCUCUCGAGAUCACAUCCCCUCUGGACGACGAGGCUCCCAUCACCAGCCAGGUUUCCUGCCAGCACCACACUAUGCAACCCCUCGAGUGGCACUACGUCCCCGCCGACAGCAACCAAGGCAACAGCUUGAUCGUCGCCAUAUGGCCCACCGACACCUGCUAUCAAGGCCUCCAAACCAUGUCCCUACCCAACACAAUGCCCACCACGAGUCGCCCCCACCGCAGUCGGCAACUCCAAGAGUCGCAGCUCAUGACUACAGCCCUUAUCCACGUCCCGCACUGCUAUCUCAACGUCACCAGCCACACCCCCGCCUCCCACCACGCCCCCGGCCUCGUCGAGCGAAUCGGCCUGCCACGGUCUCUGGUCCAAGGAUUCCUCUCCACCAUCGCCCUCCCCUCCUCCACAGCCGACGUCGUCGGUCUCAACCACCACCACCACCACGCUGCCGCCGACUUUGAGCUCGUGACAAGCGCCGUCCCCCACAUUGACGACCAAGACGACUGGGUCUUUUCUCGCUGCCUGCUGGCCGACUUUACCGGCUUUGGCGAGGAGGCGGCGGCUACGUUGUCCCGCCAAGGACGGUUGUGCUGUUGGAUCAGUGUUGUCUUGGAUGGCAGCUCAGGGGUGUGGGACCUACACUUUGUGGUGCACAGGGUAGGGGUCUGCGCCCGGAACCCGAGCUUGAGCAGGACAGGGGCUUGUGUUAGGACGGUUCACUGA